AUGACGACGAUAUCAACUUAUACCCUGCCGGCACCUGUCGAGGAAAAGUACACCGCGGUCUACCACCGGGAGUUUGUACUUGAGCAGCGAACAGACCCUACUUAUACCUCUACCCCAUCGGCACCCACUGAUUCGAUCAUACCACCGAAGACGACUCAGCGUGCACUGCUUCUCCAUGCUGCGGGUGAACAAUAUACCCUGGUAACUGAUCAUGCCAUCCCGGAGAUCACCCACAAGGAUGAGAUCUUAGUUAAGAUCCCAGCUAACACCACCAGAGCCUUCAACUUCGGCCUUCCGAGUCUACCAUGGAUCAACGGUCGUGAUCUCGCAGGAGAAGUUGUUCGGGUCAAUAAUGAGAACAGUCGGGUUCGUGUCGGCGAUAAGGUGCUGGUUCCAUCAACAGAUUAUCGUGAUAUUAGGAAAGCAGCCUUUCAAGAAUACGCCGUCGCCACCCACUUCAACGCCGCACGUAUACCAUCUAACUCCUGUGUCCAUGCCUCUGCAUCGCUCGGAGUCGCCUUUGUUGCCUCAGUUCUAGCACUUGGUGUAUCACUCGGCCUUGAUUUCAGACAGUGUCUACAAUGCCCGGGGCCCAACCUGCAGGAUACGGUCACUCAGCUUGAUAUCAAUAACAUACCGGCGGAUAUUCGUGGGGAGUGCUUUUCGUCCAGUGCAGUACAAGAGCGCCUCAAUAAGGGUGAAUGGAUUGCUAUUUGGGGUGCCUCCACCACAACCGGAUAUAUCACGCUCCAACUCGCCAAGCUUGCAGGCCUCCGCGUCAUCUGUGUAGCAGACAUCGCCCGUCACGGCUCACGACUUCAUCAACUCGGUGCAGAUGUUCUUGUUGAUCGACAAGAUACGGAACGGGCUGUAGAUAUCAUACGCGGAGUCACCGGGGGUAAACUCCGAUAUGCUGUUGACAUUGUCGGGGCGGAGACGGCCACUCUACUACAGCGCACACUCGACGAUACUAUCCGCGAGGAUGGAUCCCAUUCCCAUUUGCUUGGGUUGACAGGCCUACCGAAGGAAAGAAAUGAGGCCUUGGUAUAUCACACUGUUCCGAUCAAGCUGUUUCAUACGUCGCCGACCGUGGGAGAGCAGAUGGUCUCUUGGUUGGAAGCGUUGCUCGAGACGGAAGCGCUGCAACUGCCGGAGGUUGUUCGACAUGAGGGCGGGUUAGGGAGUAUCAAUGAGUCGUUGGAGGUGUUGCGCAAGGGAAGUGUGUCGGGGAAGAGGAUUGUUGUUGAUAUGGAGUAG